AUGGCAUCAAUGGCCGCCGCCGCCAGCUCCACCGCCGUUCUCCGGGCAACUCCGUUUUUGGGCCAAACCAAGAAUUACAAUCCCUUUAAAGAUAUCCCCACUGGAAAGGGCAAAUUCACUAUGAGUAAGAAUUUGUGGUACGGUCCGGACCGGGUCAAGUAUUUGGGCCCAUUUUCAGCCCAGACUCCGUCUUACCUGACCGGAGAAUUCCCCGGUGACUACGGCUGGGACACGGCUGGAUUGUCGGCUGAUCCCGAGGCCUUUGCUAAAAACAGGGCUCUUGAGGUGAUCCACGGGAGGUGGGCCAUGCUCGGAGCCCUCGGGUGCAUAACCCCAGAAGUCCUCCAGAAAUGGGUCAACGUCGACUUCAAGGAGCCCGUUUGGUUUAAGGCCGGGGCCCAAAUAUUCUCGGAGGGUGGACUCGAUUACUUGGGCAACCCAAACUUGGUCCAUGCACAAAGCAUACUCGCGGUCCUCGGUUUUCAAGUCGUGCUUAUGGGGCUUGUCGAAGGGUUCCGAAUCAACGGCUUGGAUGGGGUUGGGGAAGGCAACGAUCUCUACCCGGGCGGGCAAUAUUUUGACCCGUUGGGCCUGGCGGAUGACCCGGUUACAUUUGCCGAGCUCAAGGUGAAGGAAAUCAAGAACGGGCGGCUGGCCAUGUUCUCGAUGUUCGGGUUUUUCGUGCAGGCGAUUGUUACGGGGAAAGGGCCUUUGGAGAACUUGUUGGACCAUCUUGAUAACCCAGUUGCUAAUAAUGCUUGGGUAUAUGCCACCAAAUUUGUGCCUGGAUCAUAA